AUGUGGCGCAGAGAUGCUCCAAGCGAGGCCGACACCUCUGACGACGGCUCGCGGGGCUCCUCUUCUUGCAACUCAUCCGCUCCUUCAUCGCCGCCGCUGAGGCGGCCUGGCAAAGAGCGGAAGGGCUGCGUCGCGGUGCUUCUCGUGCUCUCGUCGUCGAGCGCCGACGCCGAGGCUGGCCUCGUCCGCCGGCUGCGCGAGGCGACGGCACGCGUCCUCGCCAAGAAGCACGGCCGCGACGCCGCGGCGAAGCUCCUCGGCCGCCUCGUCCUCCGGUCGCGCGCACGUCUGGGGCUUGCCGAGCUGCGGGCGAUCCUCUCCGAGAGCCUCAAGCAUGCCGAUAGGUGUAUGCAGACCCGUCUGCUGCAGCGGCGGCGCGGCGCGCUCCUCGCAGAGCUCGUCCUCGCGGAGGCGCAAGCGGACGAGGAGGCGGACGAGGCGGACGAGGCGGCGGAGGCGGCGGCGGAGGAAGAGGUGGGGGGCGAGGCGGCGGUGGAGGCGGCGGUCGAGGAGGGGGGGGAGGAGGGUGUGGAAGAGAUGGCGGCGCGUCCUGCGGCGCCUUGCUCCUCGUCCUCUCUGCAGAGAGGAGGGGCUUAA